AUGGCAAGUUUCAUUUCCGUUCCCUCCGUCGCCCCAACCUUCCAUUCCCGCCGCCGUGAUCCAAUUCUCCGUCCAAAACACGGCCGGAAACUCCGCAAACUCCGGUGCUACUCAAAGAGCCCAAUUAACCAUUCAUCAGCCAGCGACAACAAAUCCGAGCCUGAAAAUCUGGUGCUGAAAAUCGCUUGGUACGGAUCUGAACUUCUCGGAGUAGCUGCUUCACUCCUCCGUUCACCGGCGAAGGCUGAGGACGCUGGAGCUGCCGUUGAGCUUGCCGUCGACGGAUUGGGGAAAGUCGAUCGAGCCGCGGUCGUGGAGACCAUCAAGGAGGAUUUCAGAAGAUCUUUCAUUGCCGUUCCCUCCGUCGCCCCAAACUUCCAUUCCCGCCGCCGUGAUCCAAUUCUCCGUCCAAAACACGGCCGGAAACUCCGCAAACUCCGGUGCUACUCAAAGAGCCCAAUUAACCAUUCAUCAGCCAGCGACAACAAAUCCGAGCCUGAAAAUCUGGUGCUGAAAAUCGCUUGGUACGGAUCUGAACUUCUCGGAGUAGCUGCUUCACUCCUCCGUUCACCGGCGAAGGCUGAGGACGCUGGAGCUGCCGUUGAGCUUGCCGUCGACGGAUUGGGGAAAGUCGAUCGAGCCGCGGUCGUGGAGACCAUCAAGGAGGAUUUCAGAAGAUCGUAUUUCGUUACAGGAAACCUCGCGCUUGAUGCUUAUGAAGAGGACUGUGAAUUUGCUGACCCGGCAGGCUCAUUCCGUGGUUUAAGUCGUUUCAAAAGGAACUGCACGAAUUUCGGGUAUCUAAUCGAAAGGUCGGAUAUGAAGCUCAUGAAAUGGGAGGAUUUUAAGCUACUGGCUAUACAGAGUAUUACUUUGAUGAAAAAUCUGGGAGAGUAUGCAGGCACGUUGAACACUGGAAUGUUCCGAAAAUGGCUCUUUUGA